CCGGCGUGUUCGAUCGCGCGCACGUAGCGUCAGAUCCGUCGAAUCGAACCGCCUUUCUGUUUCGCAACACGGCAUGCGCCUGACACGUGCGGUGUCUCCGUAGAUCUCGACGAAAACAGAUCGCGCGGUCGUUCGCCGAGAUGGCACCCCGUCGCUCGAAAAGCGAAGUCGAAGCAGAUCUCGACGCCGUGAGGGCUAAGUUUACCGAGAAGUUCAAGAAAGCCUCCGAACACUACCAUCAAUCACAGCAUUUAACAUGUAAGGAGUUGAUAAGGCGGCGCGACGGGUACGUGUCGACGAUUGGGAAGGUCAAGGCGGGCACCGAUUUGGAGGGUCUGCAACUCACGGUCGCUCUGUUCGAUGAGAUGAUCCCGCUCAAGGAGGAGCUGCAUAAGAUUCAGCAGCAUGAGCGAAAGCAAAUAUCGUCACCAGAAGACCCGGACUUUUCACCAGAGUCCAAUCCCUUGGCCCGCAAUCAGUCGUGGAAGAACGACGCCGCAAAGCAGCAACGCUUGAGACAAGAGGCGAAAGAGAAGGAGGCGUUGGAAGCAGCGGCUCGGGAAAAUCUCUUUAAGUCGCGGAGGGGGAAAGGAGUGGCGUCGAGGAAUAGCGGGUUCCCGUUGCACUUGGAAGGCGGUCCUCAGAAAGGCAUGACCGUGGUGGAACAGAUCGCCGGGUACACGAAAGACAAGAGCGAAGACUUUCGCGCGCAGAAGAGGAUGAAACCGCCGAGCGUGUAUCCAGGCGUCGACGCGGAUCCGAACUGGACGAGCGGGAGUAAGCCUAAGAGGAAAGCCGCCGCCGCGCAGGCGACGCAUGAACCCAUCGUGCUCUCGGACGACGACGACAACGACGCUGGAGCUGGCGGCCGCGGCACCGGGGCUCAGUUCGAGCCCGAGGUCACGAUGCGUUCGAGUCGCCCGACGCGCUCGACGGUGAAGGUAAACAUCUCCAAGCAGAUCGGCGAGUGCUCGGCGUCGUUCCCAGCGGGCGACAAAGAGAUAGACCCGGUGACGUUGACGUCGCGCGAUACCAUCGCGCUCGAAGAAGGCGAGAUGUUGAACGACAGCGUCGUGGAGUUCUACAUCAAAUGGCUCCAACGAGAGCCGAAGUUUAAAGCGAACGUGGGUAGGUGCCACUUCUUCAACUCUUUCUUUUUCGAAAAGCUCGCGCAGGUGUACGACUGCGAGCCCGGGAUGAGGCAGAGGGCGGCGCAUAACGCGGUGACGAAGUGGACGGAAUCGAAGAAGCGCCGCGUGAACAUCUUCGAGAAGGAUUUCGUUUUUUUUCCCAUUCAUCAGCACCUGCACUGGAGCGUCGUCAUUUUGUGCCAGCCGAAGCUCGUGAACGAGGCGAUGGACCUGACGGAUGAGAAAAAUACGCAUCACCCGGCGCCUUACCUGCUGCAUCUCGACUCCAUGUCUGGCGGUCAUAAAACGAGUUUCGUGUGCGGUAAGCUUCGCGAGUAUCUCGCCAUGGAAUCACCGAAAAAGUCCUCGAGGCACUGCAGACUGGGCCGGAAGCAUCGAGCGAUGCGAAGCAAUGGCAAGCGAUCCAGCUUGCCUUGGAAAACGUCGGCGUCAACAUCUCGUCUUACGAGGAGCUUGUGA